AUGGAGGACGAUGAACAGGAAGAAGCAGAGGGAGAAAACGUCCGAGGGGCAGGCCAUACAGUGAGACUCCAUGGAAUGGAAGAUAACGAGGAGCAAAAAAGGAAGGUGAGUCAGUUGAUUAGCCCGGAAGGUGAACAGAUGGAGAAGGCCCAACAGGAAGACUUUUCCCCCGCAAGUGAACCUCUACUCGUAGGUGAAACUUCCCCCAGUGGACCAAGCACCGACCCACCAGAUGACCCACACGAAGGAAACGAAGACGACGACAAUAAGUGCAACGCGUGCAACUUUUGCGAAGAUGUGUGCUUCUCCAUCCUCUGCGCAAGGUGCAAAAUAAAGAGGAAGAACCUCUACGCCAAGUACAAGAAAUAUAAAAAGCACAACCUUAGAAUAUGCCAAGAGAAAAUUAAGCUCGUGCUGAAGUUGAACGUGAAGGCGCGAGCAGAGAUACAGUCGGGGCGUCUCCCGGAUGGGGGGACUAGGGGGCGGUGCGAAAUGCUGGAAGCGGCAGAUGCGGUAGAAGCAACAGACACGGUAGACCCCCCUAACGGAAAAAAUGCGCCGAACCAGGAACACCCCGUCCAGGCAGAGCAGAGCAACCCCAACAGCGAGGGCGACGAAAAGGAAACACCCCGAAGGAGGAAUCAGUACAACACGCUAAAGCACACCAUCAGGAGGAGCAGAAGUUUCACCUACUCGGAAUGCGAAAGGGAAAAAGAAAAAAUGGAAUACUAUAAUUACAUCAAAUAUAAACAGUAUUUUACCAAAUGUGAAGUCAGAAGACACUGCCAUGUGAAUGACUGCUGGGUAGUGGCCAAUGGAUACGUGUACGACGUUACAACGAUCCUCGGCUAUCACCCAGGUGGGAUUAAUUGUAUUUUAAAAAAAGGAGGUGAUGAUGUUUCUGUGGAUUAUUCUUUCCAUUCCAAGUAUGCACAGAAGAAUUUUUGGGAACCUUUAAAAAUUGGCAAAGUUAUUACCUGCUCGAGGGAAGUUAACGACUUGUCGUUGGGAAAUCUAUCUUCCAAUACGAAAAACAAAUGCAUGAUGAUGUGA